AGUCUAACCCUGCCCAGCCCAGUCUAACCCAGCCCAGCGCACCGCACCGCACCGACUCCACUCUCCUCGCCUACCACUUGCGGAGCGCCCGGGCGGUCGCCAAGAACUUUUGAUUAAGGCACUUGAGAUUUCCAUGGCUUCCACCUGGGAGAAGAUAAGAGAUUUUUAUGACUGGGCUGUAGAAAAUGGAGACAAGAGGACAGAACCCUGGUUCCUGGUUUAUUCGCCCAUUCCCGUUUUGGUGACCUUCCUUAUUUACCUUCUAAUCUGCAAAUAUGGACCGAAGUACAUGCUGAGCCGAGAACCAUUCAAUCUGAAAUAUAUACUUAUUGUUUACAAUUUUGCUCUUGUCGGGAUUUCAACUUACAUUUUCUGGGAGUUCCUCGUGACAUCAAUUCAUGCAAACUACAGCUAUCUUUGCGAGCCUGUGGAUUACAGCAACAGUGAACAUGGAUUACGGAUGGCAAAUGUCUGCUGGUGGUUUUUCUUCUCCAAAGUAAUUGAACUGAUGGACACUGUAUUUUUCAUUCUGAGGAAAAAGCACAAUCAGGUCACAUUUCUUCAUGUUUACCACCAUGGCACAAUGAUUUUCAAUUGGUGGGCAGGAGUAAAAUAUGUACCAGGGGGGCAGUCUUUCUUCAUUGGUAUGUUGAAUUCCUUUGUGCAUAUUGUGAUGUACCUGUACUAUGGCAUUGCUGCAAUGGGACCACACAUGCGCAAGUACCUGUGGUGGAAGCGUCAUCUCACAAUGAUUCAGCUGCUCCAGUUUUAUGGCAUCGCUGUGCACACUUCUUAUAACCUCUUCACAGACUGUGACUUCCCAGACGGGUUUAACCUUUUCGUCUUCAUCUACAUCAUCACUAUUAUUAUUUUGUUCACCAACUUUUAUUAUAAAACAUACAUCCAGAAAAAGACAAAAACAGCAUAAAUCCUGCACAGACUAUUAAUUCUCUGAACUAUCUGUAACAAUGUCCUCAUGUCAAUUGCAAAUGUUCAAUUUUUUUUAGUGUGUGGGUGGCGUAUUAGAUAAGAUUUUGUAUUUUAAGAUCCAUUCUUCAUUAUUGCAGAAAAUAGCCUUGUUGAUUAUUUGCUGCUCCAGUCCGGUAUAUCAAAAGAUAUGUGUUAUUUGGAUUUCCUGUUUGCAAACUCACAACAACCACCUUUAUCGCUGCUAAGCAUGUUUUUUUUUUUCAAACAUUUUUUACGAAAGCUAAUUGGAUUUUUUUGUACUCUAAUGGACUGAGUCUUCCGAUUCCUGAAAUCGCUCUCUGCACGGUCCAUAAUGACUUUCCUAUGCCAGCAGAAGCCUGCACAUCCACAUUUGCUUUGCUGCCCUUACUCAGGUACAAUGCUCUCCAUAAUGUUUGGGAAAAAGACCCAUCAUUUAUUUAUUUGCCUCUGUACACCACAAUUUGAGAUUUGUAAUAGAAAAAAAUCACAUGUGGUUAAAGUGCAUAUUGUCAGAUUUUAAUAAAGGCCAUUUUUAUACAUUUUGGGUUCACCAUGUAGAAAUUACAGCAGUGUUUAUACAUUGUCCCCCCAUUUCAGGGCACCAUAAUGUUUGGGACACAGCAAUGUCAUGUAAAUGAAAGUAGUCAUGUUUAGUAUUUUGUUGCAUAUCUUUUGCAUCCAUCAGCAGUUGUAUCAUCAAUGAAGAUAAAUGAGUCAGUACCUUCAGCAGCCAUGCACACGCCCAGGCCAUAACACCCCCACCACCGUGUUUCACAGAUGAGGUGUUAUACUUUGGAUCUUGGGCAGUUCCUUUUCUCCUCCAUUCUUUGCUCUAUCCAUCACUGAUAUAAGUUCAUCUUCAUCUUAUCUGUCCCCAAGAACUUUUUCGAGACUGUGGUUUCUCUUUUGAAGUACUUCUUGGCAAACUAUAACCUAGCCAUCCUAUUUUUGUGGUUAACCAGUGGUUUGCAUCUUGUAGUGUAGCCUCUGCAUUUCUGUUGAUGAAGUCUUCUGUGGACAUUGGUCAUCGACAAAUCCACACCUGACUCCUGAAGAGUGUUUCUGCUCUGUCAGACAGGUGUUUGGGGAUUUUUCUUUAUUUAUAGAGAGAAUUCUUCUGUUAUCAGCUGUAGAGGUCUUCCUUGGCCUGUCAGUCCCAUUGCGAUUAGUAAACUCACCAGUGCUCUCUUCUUAAUGAUGUUCCAGACAGUUGAUUUUGGUAAGCCUAUGGUUCGGCUGAUGUCCUUAACAGUUUUAUUCUUGUUUCUCAGUCCCAUAAUGGCUUCUUUGACUUUCAUUGGCACAACUUUGGUCCUCAUGUUGAUAAACAGCAAUAAAAGUUUCCAAAGGUGAUGGAAAGACUGGAGGAAAGACUAGGUGCUGAGAUAUCUCUUAUACCUGCAUUAAGGAGGCAUUUAAGCACACCUGAGCAAUUACAAACACCUGCAAAGUCAUGUAUCCCAAACAUUAUGGUGCCCUGAAAUUGGGAGGAAAUUUCUACAUGGUGAAACCAAAAUGUAUAGAAAUACCCUUUCAUAAAAUCUAACAAUGUGCACUUUAACCACAUGUGAUUUUUUUUUUUUUAAUUACAAAACUCAAAUUGUGGAGUACAAGGGCAAAUAAAUAAAUGAUGAGUCUUUAUCCCAAACAUUAUGGAGGGCACUGUGGUUGCACUGAAAAAAACUCUCGCAUCUACCUUCGUAAUGGCUCAAAAUUAAACCAUAGAAGUAGAGGGGCAGCAGAGUGAGGUAAAUGAGGCAUUUCAUUUGGCCAACACUGAAUAAUUAGAAUUCUGCUGCAGCUGCCAGGUGAUGUAUUCGGUGAAUUGCACUUUUUAAUGCAAAUCUCAAAUUCCUGUUGGUGUUCACAGAUUAUUUAUCAUUCCUGCUAAAUUUCAACCCAUUAAUUUAUCUAUUAAACUAAUUGUGAGUGCCCAUGACUGGGAGAAAAUCUUUACUGUUCCUUCCCCAAAUGCACACGGAUCAGUUGCAAUUGUAAUAGAGUUUAGCUAUUAAUUAUCUUUUUGUGCAACUUAUUUUUGUUUGUAUUCUUACAGCUUUUAUGUAAAGGUCUCUUCUGAUGUAGUUUUGAGGAGCAAAUUACAACACAAAAGCAGGUUAAUGUGCGACAAGUAAUUUUAUUAUUUAUAUAUUUUGUCUUUAUCUUUCCACAAUUAUCUUUGGCCAAGUUAAAAGAUCACGUGCCCAAACAUUGCACUGAAGAACCUUUUUUUUGCAUUUGUAUGGUCUUUUACUAUUGAGCAAAUAUGCCUUUCCAUUGCAAAGGAAAUGUCUAUAAUUUCACCAGAAAACUGCCAAAAUCAAAAUUCUUGCUUCUCAAUACCUUGCUUGAACAGAUUGUUUUUGUAUUGGAGCGAAUGUGGUGUUUCAGGAACAGAUAAUGUAGACUUUAAUGUUCACUUGUAGCUUUUCAAAUAAGGUAACAUAGGUGGUCGGUCCAUAACCAAAUACAUGGAUCCAAGUGUGGUGAAUUCUAAUUUGGGUGCAUGCUUAAAAACCCUUGUUGGGUUAAGCACAAGUCCCUAUUGCACUGAGUUGCUUUUGUAGUAAUGCUUUUAAAUGUACAUCUCAUUGCAUAGGUUUUUGAGAAGGAAUGACACUGGUAGAGAACAACCAAACAAAUAAUCAUUUCCCCCUGAAAUUAUGGAUGUUGCUUUGGAAUUUCAAUAAUGGCUGAAUAUUGAAAUAUCUACACACUCUUUGUUGAGUGCAGUCCUCAGUUCUUUUUGACUGUGGUUUUAACUGAGAAUGGCAUUUUCUAAAAAAAAAAAUCAGCAGUGUUCCAUUCUUAAUAUUGUUAUUAAGCAAAAUAAGUGAUUAUCUUGCCCAAGUGCACCUGUGGUUUUUUCACUGUGGUUUAAAAAAAAGUGUACUGUGAAAAUUCCACUUGCAGUUGAUGAGGCAAGCCAUAAAACUUAAUGAAACUUUCAGUUACAUUCUCAUUCCCAAAGUAAAAAUAUGUGCUCGUCAUUGUGAUUUGGUCUCUGCUGAGCUUUGUGUGCUCAACUUUGAUAGUGUUAGUGGGCAACUUUGGUAGUAGCCAGUGGUGUCAUUGCCUCCAGGACCAUGAUCAAAGCAAAAAUUGAGAUUUUCUACUGAAAAUAUCUUUCUUUGCCUCUCUGGAUGUAUCUUCCACUCUGCAAUCAUUUCUGUGCCACUAAAACUGGCUAAGUAUUAAUUCAUGAACUUCCCAUUAUUUUCAUUUGCCUUGUCAAGAUCACUUCAAUUGCUACUUAGUCAAGACCUGCCAACAUCAACAUUGCUGUCCUCCAGGCCAAACCACAAAUUCUGUUCUCAAUAAGAUUACUUUUUCCAUUUUUUGUAAUCAGUCUGUCUGCACCUCAACAUUAACAUGGCUUUACUAACUUCUCGCUUUAUCUUUUCAGGAUGGCUAAAUGGUUUGCGGCUUUUCUAUUAUUCUCUCGUUUGUGCAUGUCCAGAAUUCUAUUGACUUUAGUAAAUCUCUUCAAGGUGUGGCCCUUCCUUGUUCCAAAUUGACAGAAGGAUUAGACAGGAGUCAAAAGGGAAAACAAUAUUUUCACCCAGUGGAUAGUGGUGGCGUUGCAGAACUCGGAUCCUGAAAAGUUAGUAGAAGGAGAAACCUUCUCUACAUGGAAAAAGUACUUUCUAGUGCCCUUGAAGGGCAAUGAACUACUGCACUGGAAGGUGGAAUUAGGUCCUGUUUUUUUAUUUUAUUUUUUUUUAUCCACAGAAGCACAAUAAAGUGAAUGGACUCCUCUGUCAUAAAUUCUCUGGAAUGAGGCAAAGGGAUAGAAUUACACUUUUUGCUUUAUUUUAUGAUCUAUCAAUUGGUUUUACUAUUCAUCCCCAUCAAUUAAAGCUGGAAAAUAUGUUUCUGUCACCUCACUGCUGCAAAUUCCUGCAUAAUGUUUACUUUUCCCAACUAAAUUUUUUGUAAAAAGUGGCAACAUAGGGAGAAUCAGCCAAAGUUCCUGCUCAUGGCUUCUAUUUCUAGCAAGUGACCAGUGGAGAGGACUGUGUAAAUACCAAGUAAGAAUGAGGUUGAAAUGGACUCUGGCACUUGUCUCUUCCCAAUUUUUAAAUACCUCCAACAUGUUUGGAUGACAAUCAGAUGCAAGUUUGGUGAAAUAUGAGCAAGCAACCAAUGACUUCCUCAAAAGAAAGGAAUGAUUCAAAAUUGUUUAAAAACCCAGUUAUGAUCCAUCUUCCUCUCAAAAGGACCUCUUGUAGCCUUUGUCCAAAGACACUUUAAAGAUCAGCUACGAUUGGUGUGUUGUAGAAAGGAACUGCGGAUGCUGGUUUAAACUGAACAUGGUCACAAAAUGCUGGAGUAACUCAGCGGGACAGGCAGCAUCACUGGAGAAAAGGAAUGGGUGAUGUUUCGGGACAAGAAGGGUCCCGACCCGAAACGUCACCCAUUCCUUCUAUCCAGAGAUGCUGCCUGUCCUGUUGAGUUACUCCAGCAUUUUGUGUCGAUUAAAGAUCGGUGUGUGUUGUUCACAGAGUGAAACUCAAGGAAUAAUGGGAUAGGGUGCCAGGAGGUAUUUAUUUAAAUGAAAUUUAGAUGACUAAAUGCAAAGUGAAGUCUGUCUAGUUUUAUGCCUUGGAUUUUGCUUAUGAAAGGGCUUCACAAGCCUUGAUUUUUUUAUGUAGCAAGUAAAGCAUCGCCCUUUCAAUGUACGUGCCUUGUAACAACUAGGCAUUUGCAAAUUUAUUUAAUGGAAUUUAAACUAGUUGGUUGAAGGGACAUGAGGAGAAUAUUUUUCAUGCAGUGAAUGACAGAGGUCUGGAACAUUACAUGAGUGGAUGGUGGAGACAGAGACCCCACCACCUGCUCAGUCCAUUUCAGUACAACUCAUAGCUCUUUAAGUGGUGGAGGAUAAGAGAUCAAGUAGAGCUGUUCUUUAUUGACAGGCACAGAUCUCAUUCAGUGUUGUAAUCUUUUUAUGGUUCUACUUUGAUCAUUCACUGGACGUUAUUUGCAUAACUUGAUAGAUAGAUAGAUAGAUAGAUAGAUACAUAGACAAUAGGUGCAGGAGUAGGCCAUUCGGCCUUUCGAACCAACACCACCAUUCAAUGUGAUCAUGGCUGAUCAUCCACAAUCAGUACCGCGUUCCUGCCUUCCCCCCAUAACCCUUGAUUCCGCUUGCCCUAAGAGCGCUAUCUAACUCUCUUUUGAAUACAUCCUGUGAAUUUGCCUCCACAGCCUUCUGAGGCAGAGAAUUCCACAAAUUCACAACUCUCUGUAUGGAAAAAGCUUUUCCUCAUCUUAGUUCUAAAUGGCCCACCCCUUAUUCUUAAACUGUGGCCCUGGUUCUGGAUUCCCCCAACAUUGGGAACAUGUUUCCUGCAUCUAGCAUGUUCAAUCCUGGAAUAAUUUAAAUGUUUCUAUAAAAUCUCCUCUCAUCCUUCUAAUUUCCAGUGAAAACAAGCCCAUUCUUUCAUCAUAUGACAGUCAUGCCACCCUGGGAAUUUACCUCGUGGACCUAUGCUGCACUUUCUCAAUAGCAAGAAUGCCUUUCCUCAAAUUAGCUGGAAAGCCACAAAACCCAGUAACAUGCCGAGUUCACAAAUGAAGACCACUGUUAAAAUGAAGGACCCAACGACAGUAGCUUUUAAACAGAUUUAUGCAACAAAAUUGAAAGAGCAAUUUUUUUAAACCUGUCUUUAUAUAUAUAUAUAUAUAUAUAUAUAUAUAUAUAUAUAUAUAUAUAUACUGACCUUAUCACCGUUUGCAGCAUUGUUAAAAAAUCUUAUUUAAAUUUGAGCAAUGGAAUUUUUUUUGGAUCAUUACCAUAAGAUAAUAACCAAGAAAAUGUUAUGGCAUGGAAAAUGAAUGCUGCUCAGUUAACAAUGCACUAAAGGAGUGAUACACAAUUGGAUGCCUUAUGAAUGUUGUGUUAUUUAUUUAGGUGUUGCUCAAUGCACCUUCACAUUAGCCUGAAAAUGCCAAACUACGAGGCUAGUCAUUUUUAUAAGCACUAAUGUAUUGUUUCAUGAACCAGAUAUCUGGUUGAAAUGUCAUUUGUUUUCUUUUUGCUUCCAUUCUGCUUUUUUCCCCAUUCCCCUCGCCAGUAAACACACGUAGAAUAAUCCGUCCUUCCGAUACUGCAUGCUGCUGAGGCACGUUGCUGCACCAAAGCAACCUAUGCAUUUCAUUAGCACAUAAUUGAGAUUGUAAACUAUUGUGUUUCUGCAGUACCUUAUACUAUUUUAAGGUCACUCCUAAUGAAGGAUGUAUUAUAUAUUUGGCCUUGUGUAAGCUAAGAAGAAUGCAUUAUGACCCUAACAGCCAAAGGAAUCAUUCACCAUUUGCUCAUGCUACUCAGAAAUAGUAUGCAUUAAAGUUGGUUCUGUUUAUCGUAAGGGAUUAUGAAUGUUUAUUUGAGAAGCUGAAAUACUACUGAACUCUGCCAGAACUUGGAGCAAGGCCUGGAAUCCCUGGUGAGAUAACUGAGUUAUAAUCCUGUGUUUAGCAUAUGUAUUAUGUUAGUCUGGAUCUGUUGUACAGCAUGAUACAUCUGCAAUAGGUCAAGAAUUUGACGCUUAGCAAUAGAUAAGUGAUGCCUUGAAUUUGUAAUGUUUGAACAGCAUUGAGCUUGGUAUAUCCAAGAACUUUUAUGAAUGUCGGUUACAAAUCCUCCAGACAUAUUCUGUUGAAUGAGCAAAAAUAUUGAAACCAGUUAUUUUUUAAAAUAUAAUUUCACCAAAAUGUAACAAUAUUGUGAGGCAUCAGAAUCUAAUAAUUGUAUGAAGUACUUGUUAACUUCAAAGGUUGCACUUGAAGAAAAUGUUUUUUGUAAAUACUGAUCAUGUUAAUGUUGCAUGGCUGGUAGCAAACAUCUUUUUUUUCCCCAAUUUUGCCUUUACUUCUUGUGCUCUUAAGUAAUAUACACAAGUAAGAGACCACAGUGGCCUUUCCCAUUGUUAUUGUAACUCCUUGGCUGGUUAAUAUGAAUGAAAAAUUGAAUUUAAUUAGGAUUUAUUACUUGCCACUUCUGUUUUUUUUAUUGUUUGGACAUUUUGAAUACAUCCUCAUUUUAUGUGAUUUUUUUAAAACUCCACUUAGAUUAAGGUUUAUAAUUCAGUGAAAGCCUAAAUAUGGGUUACAUUGAAACCCUUUGUCUUUUAGGUAUGUCAUGCUGUUUGCUAAUAUUUCGCAACUGUUUUGUUUAAGUGGCUUAUUAUGUUUCCAAUUUUUUCAGUAAAAGCUAAUGAUUCACUCA